AUGGAGAAAUCUACAAAAAAACUUGUUCAAAACGAAGCUAAUAAAUUGGCAUCCAUCAUUUCGCAUAAUAAAUUGCCAAAGAAGUGCAAUUUGUCUUUUUCAAUUAAUUUUGAUUUUAAUGAUAUUAAUAGCGACAAUUCUACUGACUCUGAAAAUGCUGACUUGCAAAUAGAUAUAUCAGAAGUAGACAAUAACGAACCAUCUAGUAAACAUAAAAGAGAAACUGUUGAAGAAAUAUCAGUACUUAAUGAAAUGGAAGAAGAAAUUGAAAGACAGCUUGAUGCUAAAGCUGCAAAAACAACUUUAACCGCUACUAAUGUUAAACAUAUAUUAAAACAUGUAAUCACCUAUCAACAUUUAAUGACAAUGGUGCAAAAAUGGCUUCAAAACGAUGCUAAUUUUGGUCCUAAACUAACAAGAGCAAAAGCUAAGAAAUUAGCAGAUGCAAAAGUUAUACCAUGGCCUAUUGCUAUAGCGAACAAAGCUUCUUCAGAAGUACAGGCUUUGAUUCAGGAAGAAUUGCCUGAAGACUCAUCUGAUGAAGAAUACAAUCCUGAACAUGAUAAAUACAGUGACGAUGAUAGAGAAGUAGAAAGCACAACAAACAGUGACAUAGAAUCACAACCAUCGACUCCAGCUGAUGCUACAAAUAUAGCUUCUACUGAACAACAUGAAUCAUUGGAUGUACAAUAUGAUCCUGAAGGAAUUUUUAAAAUACCAGUUAUUCCACAAGUUUCAACACAGGAAGAAAGUAUUGGUCAAAGGACACGAUCUAAAUUAUCUCUAAGUGAAACUUCUUUGGAACAAAUAGAGCAAGCAUUUAUACCACCUGAUAUAACUGCUGAUAUGGAUGAUUGGGGUUUUGAGCCUGAUGAAGAUUGGGAUAAUUUUAAGAAAGAAUUUACACAGCCAUUGGCACAAGAACUAGCCACAGAAGAUGAUCCAGAAGCAGAUCCAGAAUAUAAUAUUUUGGAAGAUGAAACAGAUCUAUUGGACAAAGAAGAACUCAGGACAGAUAAAGCAGUAGAAGUUUCUCGUAAGGAAUCGUAUGAUUUAAUUGCAGAAUUGCUUGAAGAACUAAGUGAUACAUUUUCAACACAAGAGCAAGAAAUAUCAGCCAAACAGGAAACAUUAGACAAUAUCAUGCCAGCAAUUGAAAAUAAUACUAUGAAUUGUUCUACGAAUCUUUUACCUGUUGUUGCGGAACCUGAAUUACCAAAAUUAGUCAAUCCUACACAACGUUUUUUGUUGGCCGCACAAUUUCGGCAACAUGUACAGUUAAUGGCACAGCAUUUUGUUAUGACAUACAUGCAUCCAGAAUAUCAUUCACUGGCAAAAAUAUGUAAGCAGAACUUAAAUAGUUUAAGAUAUUUGAACAAUGGAACUAAUUCUGCAUUUAAUGCAGAGAACUUGGAAGAAGCCCUUAAGUUGAUAUCAACGUGGGAAAAUAAAUUUUCUAACACCAAAUUUUAUGCAAAUUUCAAGAAAAGUUUAACAGACAAAACUGUUAGGACAGGAAUGUAUUGUACAAAUAGAUGGGUGCAUAAGUCUCAACAAUUGCAUCAACAAUUUUUCCCCGAGUUGGAGAAGACAUUUGUUGAAAGUAAAGCACUUAUGUAUCCACAACUUCUACCACAUAUGCCUUUCAAAAGUGGGUUAAAACAAACGAAAAACACUAUGCCAUAUCUAAAAUCGGAAGAAAAUUUAAUUGCAUUUGGUAUCGAGCAGUAUCUGCCAUAUGUUGCAUCUAAGCCGAGCAAGUUUAAAAAUAAGAAAAUGCAAUUAUUCGAUGCACUUCAACUUACUCAUCACUAUCUGUUACCAUGUAGAAAUGCACAAGGGCUAUUGUAUCAUAUAUCCAAACGCCGCAUUUCUCACGAUGAAAAUCCAAUCAAGCAUUAUUUUGAAAAAGGUUGUGCUCCCAGAAUAAUACACUAUGUGUCGAUUACAGAAAAGCCUAAAGCACCAAAAGAUCAACCAUUAGAAUUUUUACCUUUAAGGUGGCGAAUAUAUCUGAGUAAAAAGAGACACAAAAAUGAUUUGAUGAAAAAUGAGCAUGACUCAUGUAGCAAUCUGGGUCUAAGAAAACAAGGGAUUUAUAUGAAUGAAACUAUAAAGUCAUAUCCUAUUGUCUCUAGCAAUCAUCCUUUGCGAAAUCCAAUUGUGAAUAUGCUACCCAAAAUCUUACCCGCAACUUUAAAUCCGAAAGCUUCAAAUUCAAAUAUUAACAAGAAUGAUGCUUCUAACAAAAAAACUGCAUUUAAUGAGGAUAACAAUGACAGAGAAAUAUCCGACAAUAAUCAACAAACUAAUAGAGAACAAACAGAAACAAACAAAGCAUGUAGAAACUUUCGUGAUUCCUUAAAAAUUACUAAAGAAUCAAUACAGACUGAUAAAAUACAAGAUAAAAAUAACACCAAAUUAAAUACUAUAUCAACAAGAAGCUCAAAAGUACCCGAUAAUUUGUCACAUAUAUCACCAGGAUUACGCAAGACUACACCCCGAUUAGCAAAAACAAGAAGUGCCCAAAAUAUGAAAUUAAUGGCACAAGUUUUGGGUUCGAAAAGUUCGUCUAAUUGCAGUACUUUAAAACCUAAGGAAAAGGACAAUGUAGAUAAAGCCGUUAGUGACGAUUGUACCACGUCAAAAGUUGAUAAUGAAGAAGAAAUAGCAGAAUUAAUGUUAGCCAGUUCUACAAUAAUAAAAGAUUCCGUGAGUAGAAAAAAGGCUAGACAAACCAGAGAAUUAGAAAUUAUAAAAAGGUUAAUAAAAGCCGAAAAUCCAUUGACCGAAGAAGAACGUGAAACUAAAUUUGCAGCGUCGUUUCUUCAAAAACUGCUUUUGAGAUUGGAAUCUAAUAAUCCAGAAACAUUUAGAGCUGUGAUAAAAUUGUAUUUAGAUUAUAGUGACAAAUUAGAUAGUAUCAAUCAAACAGUUACUGACUCAUCAUUUCUCGGAGAAUUGCAUACACUAUCAAAUAAGGAGAUGUUACAAAAUAGUGCAAUCCAAAAGGACAUAUUAACAGUUAGAUUGUACGAAGAUAUUUGUAAAAAGUUGCAAGACUAUCCGGAAAUGUAUACAGAUUUUCUGUUGUUCCUCAAACCACAUCAAGCUGCAAUGAUUGACAAAUCCGUGGAAUACAUGAUGCUACAAAAAAUGAACGAUUUCGUGCGCGUUGCACAAAUUUAUUUUAUUAAGCAACCAUCACGAAUAGCAAAGAUGAUGCAGGCUAUCACGCAGCUUUCGUCCGAUCCACAUACAACUUUAGAGAACGUUCAAACCGUUAUGAGUUCUGUUUUUAAAGGCCAUCCAUUCGUUAUGGAUUUAUUCUUGCAAAUUCUACCUACUGCAAGGCCUCCUGAAAGCUUAUUCGCACCCCAUAUGUUUGAGAACUUGACGUGUCCAUUAGGACCUUGUGAUAAAAAUAUACCUUCCAUCGAAAACAUACCAGAGCUAUAUGAGAAUAUAGAAUUACCUGUGGCAGCAUGUCAGGAAGACCCAUAUGGUGGAGAACAUUGUAAGUGCGAUUGUCACAACACGGAUGAUCCGAAUCUCAAAAAUAAUUCAGAACAUUGUGUUUCCUGUGGUACACGGUUCCUUAAUGGAAGAAUUUAUCUUCAAACUCCUGAGGGUUUACGACCUGCAAAAAUUACAUUCCCUGGAGAAAAUCAGGAGAAGUUAGAAAACAUUGCACGCGUGUCGUUAAAAGCUGCUGAUAAAGUCAUUCCUCCAAUUUCGUCUAAAAGGAGACGGAAAACGCCAAAAAAUGAUUCUAGUCAUGAUGACGUUUGUCAAAAACAAUGUGCCACAAAAUAUUUACCACUAAAAGAUAAUGAAGAUAACGAAAAAACCGAAACGAAGCCCAAGAGGGGUGUUAAAUUUACGCUAAAAACUACAAAUCAGAAGAAAGUUUUGAAAAGAAUAAGCACUGCAGAUCAUACAAUUGCGAGUAAAAAGAUGCGUAUGUUUCAGUGCAAAAACAAGGAAGAUAAGAAGACUGAAGAAAGCGACAUUUUAUUAGAACGCAAUGAACAUGAUGUUACAGAGUCUGAAAAAUCCAAUGAACGUACAAAAAUAGAGGCCAAUAUAAAGCAGUUAUCAAUACAAAAUAAUUUGUUGAGCACCAAAAUAAUAACACAAGGUAAUCAAGAUACAGGUGUAGAAACAGCAAUUCCAAUAACUGUAAUCGAGGAUAAUACGCAAUCGAAGUCUGAUUCAACAAACAUUAAACCUUGGACACGCCAGGAAGAUAUGAUCCUGCUGCAAAGUAUUAAAAAAGAAUAUUCUGAAAAUUCCUUUCAAUUGAUCAGUGAAAAAUUAGAAAAUCGUACUGUUGAACAGGUGAAAGAGAGAUGCCAAACUUUGCUUUCCUUACUGCAGAAAAUGAUGUGAAUUGUACAAUACAAUACAGACAGAUUGUACAAUAGUGUAUAUGCUAUUAAAAUAUGUAAAUAAUACAUUAGUAUUAAUAUAAUUAUAUUAUACAGUAAUUGUUACAAUAGUCUUAAUAUUUGUGCGACUGGAUUAAGAAUUUUUAA